ACGAGAAAUUGUUAACGGAUGGAAGGAUGGACAAAGGACGGACCACGGACGCAGAGUGAUUUGAAUAGCCCACCAUCUGAUGAGGGUGGGCUAAAAAUGUACAUAACAUUCAUGAUAAUAUAAAACAAUAACCAAAUCAAUUCUCCCAAUUUCAGUUCAAACUCCAAAAUGACAAGAAAGGAAAGAGAAUGCUACGAAAUUUUCAAGUUCAGAAUUUGCAAAGGAAAAAAAAGGUAACAUAUUUAUGAUAAUUUCAGAAAGUAUAAAAUGCAUUUCAGGCUUCUCCUACACUUUAACAUUUGCAAUGAAGAUGCUUUUGAAUACAUUUUCCUUAUGAAAACACAAAAAAAGGUAAACAAUCAUUUAUUUUUCAUUUCAGCUCAACUCCACUAUGAAUAACACAGAUUUCAUAAGCAUCCUAACCGAUAAUGGUUUGGAAAAAAUUGGAAAAGGCAGCAGUACAAACAAAAGAGGAAAACUAGCAUGGCCUGAGGGAGAUGGAUGCAUAACUCCACAUUAUACUCAUGUUGACACAGAAUUGCAAAGUCUCAUAGGAAAAUGUGCAGGUUCAUUUAAUGUUCCUGUCAGGAAAAUAUUGCCUGCACUGUCGGCCUUCUCAGUGAGAGACAUCAAUUCAGAAUGGGUAAACGAAAUAAAAGAAAGCCUGGUAAUACAACCAACAACACCGGUGACAAGAAUUCCUGUUCUUAUUGACAGACACGAGGUGGAAUCCACAGACUCUUUCAAGGAAGAGAUGCUUUCUUCAGUAAACUUGUAUGCACUGGGAGGAAAUCACCUCGUUCAAGCUAUGAAGAUGGUACUUGAUCAGAAUCCUGGAAACGAUAAUUACAGCUGUUUAAGGGCCAUAGAAGUUGAAGUUUUCUGUGGAUUAACAAAUCUGGAGGCGAGAUUUGUGGGAAGUGCGCAUAACAAAAAGUGCAACACCUUAAAACCAACUUUUCAGGAUAAAGUGAAGAACAGUAGAGGAAUAUAUGAAGGCUAUGAAAAUUCAUCUGAGGUCUCAUGGAAAGAAGCAUGUGCCCGUUCCUUAGGACUGCUUGAUGGAAAGAAAAUCAACAAAGACGGCAUACCAGUCAUUCUGUCCGUGGCAAGUUACAGUUCGGUAAACUACAGUCACGUCAUGGAAAUAUUUUCUCAAUUCACCAGAAACAGUCCAAUGGGGACGAGCAUUCCACAAGUAGUAUGUAGUCCAUUUUAA